AUGUUGUCUUCGCCUGACCCUUAUCUCCCUGAAGCUGCAGUCAGUCCAGAUUCUGAUGAGCAUCGAAUACUAGAGCAAUAUUUAAUGCUGUGCGUAAGAUCAUCCCGAGUCAAAGUCGUUCGCGCAUAUCACAUUGAAUCUCGCCUUCACGCUGGAUUGAGACAGCAUCGAGCUUCAGGAAAACAACGAAUUCUUUGCUGGAUUGACGCAAACAAUCUAGAUGAGAACAAUAGAUUGCAAGAUAUCCUUAGGCGAGGCUUUGUUGUUCCCUCCUGUGGAAUGACUUUCCCGUUUGGCGCACUUGUGCUGCCGGGUCUUCCUCUCUUAUUAUCGCAUGGUGACGUUAAACAAAUGCAAGAUGUUUUCCCGGUCGGUGAAAGGCGAUUGUUUCAGUUCAUUUUGUGUCAAGUUGUCGUUGGAUUAGCGAUUCCAGAAUCUCGAUCAAACACGCUUCAGAAUCAAUUCGACUCAAUUGUUAGGUCAAGAUUUUCGCCUUCAACUUCAAAACAAAAAGGUCUCUCCAACGGUUCUCUUUCCUGCGAUGGCCGACUUCGUUACACAAUGCAUUUUCCUAGAGGCGGCCCAAUGGUGGGAGACUCAGCAACGGUCGGGGUGGUGCCCGUUCUGACUAUUGCUGAGAGUUACACAGUUUUUGAUUCAUCGCAACUUUCACCCCUCUAUGUGGUUCAAGUUGAAUCAAAUCCUUGCAGUAUUGAGAAAUUCGCCAUCCCUCUUUGCGAUAAUUGCGUCGAUCUCCCUGCGGCUCUCUGGUGUGGCGUCGAUAAGGCGAAACUCUGCGGUGACUGUGACGAUCGUCUCCAUGCUGCGUCCCAAUUGGCGGCCAGACACUCCAGGUUUCCCUUGCAUCAUGUAAGCUUCACAAGAUGCUCUCUGGAUUUCUUUGUCUUGACACAGAGGCCCAGACGCAGCGGCAAAUGUAUGAGCCAUCCUAACGAGGAACCGACGCUGUUCUGUUGCAUCUGUCGCAUUCCCGCUUGUCGCCUCUGUGGACCUUCUCACGCACACGGAGCUCGCCAAAGCCUCACAGAGCAAAACGGCCGCUUCGAGGAUUUCCUGAUGGCAAUCGAUCCUCCAGCCCAAGCGACAAAAUUCGCAGACCAGUUUGAUCCCCCAAUUGUUGAAAAAACAAGAAAAAAUCUUGAAAGCGAACUUAACAGGGUGGGAAUAGUCAAAAAGUGA